AAUUCUGAUGGCGUCCGUAGAGCUAGUAAAAUAACCUCACUGAUGCUAUUUUGCGUGUUAUUUACAAAAUUAUAGGCGAAGUGUGUAUCGUAUAUUUAAUUUAUAGUGAUAGUAUAUAAAUAAGAAGCCAUGGCGGAUGCUGCUGCGAGACAGCUCCAGUACGAGUAUAAAGCGAACUCAAAUCUCGUUCUGCAAGCUGAUGUAAGGCUAAUAGAGAGACGUGGACGCGAUGAGGCCAACGGCGAAGUGCUAUCGCUCGCCGGCAAGCUCACUGGCACGCGCAUGGGCGAUAGGGCACAGAGAACUAAGCCGGAAAAGGCUGAGGCACGGAAGGCUAAGCGGCAGAAGCGCGACGAGGCGACGUACGAGCUGUACAGGUCGCGGUCGGCGCGCGCCGCGUGGGCGGACGACGCGCCGGCGGGCGUGCUGUACCGGCCGCGCGCGCAGCACACGCGCCACGCGUACGAGCUGCUGCUCGCGUUCAUACAGAGCGCGCUCACCGACCAGCCUCGGGACAUACUGUGCGGCGCGGCGGACGAGGUACUAGUUGUGUUAAAGAAUGACAAAUUAAAGGAUCCCGAGAGGAAGAAGGAAAUAGAGUUACUGUUGGGGCCAAUACCAGAUGAGAGGUUCGCCCUGUUGGUUAAUUUAGGCAAAAAAAUCACGGACUUCAACAUAAACAACCCAGCUGAGGGCAACACUGACAUCGACGAGACGUACGGUAUCAAUGUGCAGUUCGAGGAGUCUUCAGAGGAGGACCAAGAAAAUGCUUUCGGAGAGGUUACCGACGAGGAGAAAGAGGACGGCGACGGCUCGGAGAAUGAGAAAGAGAAGGAGAGCAGCGCGAGCGACGAGAGCGACGGGGAGGGGAAACGGAACGCUAUACACGCCAAUCUAACCGAAGACCAAUCGCAGAAGAGGAGGGAUGCUGUACUGCAUCCGAUGGACAUAGAUGCAUAUUGGCUGCAGAGGCGUCUGUCAAGACACUUCCCUGAUGCAAUGCUCUCUCAGGCAAAAUCCAGCGAAGUGCUGCAAGCGCUGGCCGAAGCCUCCGACGACAGGGACCUGGAGAACAGGCUGGUGCUGUUGCUCGGAUACGACUGCUUCGACUUCGUGAAGAUACUGAACAAGAAUCGAUAUAUGAUUCUUUACUGUACAAAGUUGGCAUCGUCCCAAUCGGACAGUGAGAGGGCUGCCAUACGCGAUGAGAUGUCGAAGCAGCCGCACCUGCAGAAGAUACUGGCCCAAUUGGAGACGGGCAAGGGGGAUGAGGAGAUGAAAGAGCAAUCGGAGCAGCCGCGCAAGCGUCAGAAGACCACGGAGCAGUCGAACUGGGGGGGGCAGGUGGCCGGUAGCAGGAAGGUGCUGCAGCUGGAGGAGCUGGUGUUCGCCGCUGGCUCGCACCUGAUGGCCAACAAGCGGUGCCAGCUGCCGGCUGGGUCGUUUAGGAAGCAGAGGAAAGGAUACGAGGAGGUGCACGUGCCGGCGCUGAAGCCGAAGCCGUUCGAAGAGGACGAGACGCUGGUGGCGAUUGAGAAGUUGCCGAAGUACGUGCAGCCGGCGUUCGAGGGGUUCAAGACUUUGAACAGGAUACAGAGCCGCAUAUCGAAGGCGGCGCUGGAGUCGGACGAGAACCUGCUGGUGUGCGCGCCGACCGGCGCCGGCAAGACGAACGUGGCGCUGCUGUGCGUGCUGCGCGAGCUCGGCAAGCACGUCAACGCCGACGGCACCGUCAGCGUCGCCGACUUCAAGGCCAUCUACCAUCGGCUGGUGAUGAUGAUAGGUUUAGUGUACAUAUGGAAUCGACAUUCGAGUUUUUGUUCACCAGGUGGCGAGAGGUCGUUCACCAACCUGGUGCGGCUGGUGAUCAUCGACGAGAUACACCUGCUGCACGACGAGCGCGGCCCCGUGCUGGAGGCGCUCGUGGCGCGCACUCUGCGCACCGUCGAGCAGACGCAGGAGGCGGUGCGGCUGGUGGGGCUGUCGGCCACGCUGCCCAACUACACCGACGUGGCCGCCUUCCUGCGCGUCAAGCCCGAGAGGGGCCUGUUCUACUUCGACAAUUCCUUCAGGCCGGUGGCGCUCGAGCAACAGUACAUUGGCGUGACCGAGAAGAAGGCGCUGAAACGAUUCCAAGUGAUGAACGACAUCGUAUACGAGAAGGCGAUGGAGCACGCGGGCAGGAACCAGAUCCUUGUGUUUGUCCAUUCACGCAAGGAGACGGGCAAAACGGCGCGCGCCAUCCGCGACAUGUGCCUCGAGAAGGACACCUUGGGGCACUUUCUGAGGGAGGGCUCGGCGAGCGUGGAGGUGCUCCGCACGGAGGCGGAGCAGGUGAAGAACCCGGAGCUGCGCGAGCUGCUGCCGUACGGGUUCGCGAUCCAUCAUGCCGGCAUGAGCCGCGUGGACCGGACCCUCGUGGAGGACCUGUUCGCCGACCGGCACAUACAGGUGCUGGUGUCGACCGCGACGCUGGCGUGGGGCGUGAACCUGCCCGCGCACACGGUGAUAGUGAAGGGCACGCAGGUGUACAGCCCUGAGCGCGGCCGCUGGACCGAGCUGGGCGCGCUCGACGUGCUGCAGAUGCUGGGCCGCGCCGGCCGCCCGCAGUACGACACCAAGGGCGAGGGCAUCCUAAUCACGAACCACUCGGAGCUGCAGUACUACCUGUCGCUGCUCAACCAGCAGCUGCCGAUCGAGUCGCAGCUGGUGAGCAAGCUGCCCGACAUGCUCAACGCGGAGAUCGUGCUCGGCUCCGUGCAGAGCGUGCGCGACGCGGUCACGUGGCUCGGCUACACGUACCUGUACAUACGGAUGCUGCGGCAGCCGGCGCUGUACGGCAUACCGCCGGAGAAGAUGCAAGACGACAACCUGCUGGAGCUGCACCGCGCCGACCUGGUGCACACGGCCGCCAGCCUGCUGGAUAAGGCCGGGCUGAUAAAGUACGAGCGCAAGUCGGGCCACUUCCAGCCGACGGAGCUGGGCCGCAUCGCGUCGCACUACUACUGCACGCACGAGACGAUGCAGAGCUACGGCCAGCUGCUGAAGCCGACGCUCGGCGAGAUCGAGCUGUUCCGCGUGUUCUCGCUCUCCGCCGAGUUCAAGCACAUCGCCGUGCGCGACGAGGAGAAGCUCGAGCUGCACAAGCUGAUGGAGCGGGUGCCUAUACCGAUAAAGGAAAGCAUCGAGGAACCGUCAGCCAAGAUAAACGUCCUCCUGCAAGCCUACAUCUCGCAGCUGAAGCUGGAGGGCUUCGCGCUGAUGGCCGACAUGGUGUACGUGACGCAAUCCGCCUGCCGGCUGCUGCGGGCCAUAUUUGAGAUCGUUUUGCACAGGGGUUGGGCGCAGCUGGUGGACAAGACGCUCGCCCUGUGCAAAAUGGUGGACCGGCGCAUGUGGCAGUCGAUGUCGCCGCUCAGACAGUUCAGGAAAAUGCCGGAGGAGGUGAUCAAAAAGCUGGAAAAGAAGAACUUCCCGUGGGAGAAGCUGUACGAGCUGGGGCCGAACGAGAUCGGCGAGCUGGUGCGCGCGCCCAAGCUGGGCAAGAUGAUGCACAAGUACGUGCACCAGUUCCCGAAGCUCGAGCUGGCGACGCACAUCCAGCCGAUCACCAGGUCGACACUCAGGGUGGAGCUGACGAUCACGCCGGACUUCCAGUGGGAUGAGAAGAUCCACGGCCAAUCGGAGGCGUUCUGGAUCCUCGUGGAGGACGUCGACUCGGAGGUGAUACUCCACCACGAGUACUUCCUGCUGAAGGAGAAAUACUGCCGCGACGAGCACCACGUGAAGCUGUUCGUGCCGGUGUUCGAGCCGCUGCCGCCGCAGUACUUCCUCCGGGUCGUCUCGGAUCGGUGGAUAGCAGCGGAGACCCAGCUGCCGGUGUCGUUCCGCCACCUGAUCCUGCCCGAGAAGAACCUGCCGCCCACCGAGUUGCUGGACCUGCAGCCGCUGCCGAUAUCCGCCCUGCGGAACUCCAAGUAUGAGGAGCUGUACGCCGACAGUUUCCCGCAGUUCAACCCGGUGCAGACUCAGGUGUUCAACGCGGUGUACAAUUCGGACGAGAACGUGUUCGUGGGCGCGCCGGCCGGCUCCGGCAAGUCGGUGGUCGCCGAGCUGGCGCUGCUGCGGCUGCUGUCCGCUGCAGCAUCAGCGCCGGGCGCUCCCGCGCCGAGGGCGGUCUACCUGCUGCCGAAGGACGCGCUCGCGGACAUCGUCUACGCGGACUGGUAUCACAAGUUCGCGACCAGGUUCAACUUGAAGGUGGUGCAGCUAACGGGCGAAACGGCGACCGACCACAAACUCCUCAACAAGGGGCAGAUCAUCAUAACGACGGCGGACAAGUGGGACGUGCUGUCCAGACGUUGGAAAGUGCGCAAGUCGGUGCAGAGCGUGUCGCUGCUCAUAGUGGACGCGCUGCAGCUGCUCGGCGGCGAGGAGGGGCCCGUGCUGGAGGUCGUGUGCUCCCGCAUGAGAUACAUCGCCUCGCAGAUUGGGCGCAGCAUCCGCAUAGUGGCGCUGUCGCUGCCGCUGGCGGACGCGCGCGACGUGGCGCAGUGGCUCGGCUGCAACGCGAACGCGACCUUCAACUUCCACCCCAGCGUGCGGCCGCUGCCGCUCGAGCUGCACAUACAGGGCUUCAACAUAUCGCACGCGCCGUCCCGGCUGGCCGCGAUGACGAAGCCGAUCUACAACGCGAUCCUGCGUCACGCGGGCACCAAACCUGCGGUGGUGUUCGUGCCGUCGCGCCGGCACUCGCGCCUGCUGGCCGCCGACCUGCUGGCGCUGGCCGCGGCGGCCGGCCGCCCCGCCAGGUUCCUGCACGCCCGCCCCGAUCUGGUACAGCCGUUCCUCGCCAAGAUACACGACAAGAUGCUGAAGGAGACGGUGUCUGCGGGCGUGGCGUACCUGCACGAGGGCGUGGAGGCGGGCGACCGGCGCGUGGUGCAGCAGCUGCUGGAGUGCGGCGCGCUGCAGCUGUGCGUGGUGGCGGCCGAGCUGGCCUACGCGUUCGCCGCGCACGCGCACACCGUCAUCGUCGCGGACACGCACGUGUACAACGGCAAGCUGCACUGCUACGAGCAGUACCCGAUCACGACGAUCCUGCAGAUGCUGGGCCGCGCGUGCCGCCCGCUGGAGGACGAGCACUCGGUGGCCGUGCUGAUGUGCGCCGCGCACCACAAGGGCUUCUUCACCAAGCUGCUCAACGACUGUCUGCCGCUCGAGUACCGCCGGCUCACGCAGAAUCCCAACUAUUACAAUCUACAGGGUGUUACGCAUAGGCACCUGUCGGACCACCUCUCGGAGCUGGUGGAGACGACGCUCACGGACCUCGAGCAGUCCAAGUGCAUCGCGAUCGAGGACGAGAUGGACGUCCAGCCGCUGAACUUGGGCAUGAUCGCGUCGUACUACUACAUCAACUAUACCACGAUUGAACUUUUCAGCCUCUCGCUCACAUCGAAGACCAAGAUACGCGGUCUGCUCGAGAUCAUAUCGUCGGCGGCUGAGUACUCGGAGCUGUGCAUCCGGCACCGGGAGGAGAACAUCAUCAAGGCGCUGGCGGCCAAGGUGCCGCACAAGCCGACGAGCGGCGGCGGCGGCGGCGGCGCGGUGCGGUACAACGAGCCGCAGGUGAAGGCGCACGUGCUGCUGCAGGCGCACCUCUCGCGCACGCAGCUGCCGGCCGAGCUGCACGCCGACACCGCGCUCGUCGUCACCAAGGCGAUCCGGCUGAUCCAGGCGUGCGUGGACGUGGUGUCCAGCAGCGGCUGGCUGUCGCCGGCCGUGGCCGCCAUGGAGCUGGCGCAGAUGGUGACGCAGGCGAUGUGGGCCAAGGACUCGUACCUGCGCCAGCUGCCGCACUUCACCGCCGACCUGGUGCAGCGCUGCGCCGACAAGGGUGUGGAGACGGUGUUCGACGUGAUGGAGCUGGAGGACGGCGCGCGGGCGAAGCUGCUGCAGCUCUCCGCCAGCGAGAUGGCGGACGUGGCGCGCUUCUGCAACCGCUACCCCAACGUCGAGCUCAAUUACGAGGUGAAGGACGAGCGUCGGCUGCGCGUGGGCAAGCCGAUCGUGGUGGAGGUGUCGCUGGAGAGGGAGGACGACGUGGUCGGACCCGUCAUUGCGCCAUUCUUCCCGCAGAAACGCGAGGAAGGCUGGUGGGUAGUCAUCGGAGACCCAAAAACAAACACCUUGCUGUCCAUCAAGCGGGUGUCUCUAGGUCGCUCGGCUCGAGUCCGACUCGACUUCGUGUGCGGGAGUGCGGGCGAACAUACAUACACACUGUACUUCAUGUCGGACGCUUACCUGGGGGCCGAUCAAGAGUAUAAGUUCACCGUGGAUGUGGAAGAUGCGAGGAGCGAUAGUGAUUCGGAUUAGUUAGUUAUUGAUAGAAAUAAAUUGUGGAUAAUC